UGAUGCGUUCCUCCUGAGCAGAAACACGUGAUUAGGCGUGUUUACCUAUGAUACAAUGUAGCGUCUAUGAGAGCAUCAACCUCAGCCGAAUUAUCAAUUACACGGUUACGUUCAGGAUCAGAAUCACUUAUCGGAUUUACAUUAGGGUCUUCGCUGACAAAUAACUGCUUAAUGCAUCUGAGAAAAGGGAAUCAGAGAGUGUAGCCUGGGGGCGAACGAGUCAAGCAGACAGACGAGGGGAAAGUUUAAUAGGUCGCUGUGGCUUUGAGGAAGUUGACAUCGAGCGUGAAAUACUAACGGCUGUGGAAGUGACCUACAGUAGUGGGCUCGUUUGAGGGAUACUGGACCCCCAGAUGUAUUCCUAAAUCUCUGCUGCUAUCCUCAUUAUGGGUGUUAUAGAGGAGACUGAUGUAGAGCAGGUGACCCUGGCUCUUUUGGAUGCUGCCAAUGACAGGGACCCGGUGGUGCAGGAACAGGUCAGGAAAUCCAUCUUGACACUCGGGAACCAGCAGCCUGAUAAAGUCCUGUCCAUGUGCCAGGACUACCUGCUCAAACACCCCAAGCUGGUGGUCGUGCACAGAAUGGUGGUCUUACAAACCAUUGAGCUGGUGGUGAAGAGCAGGAUUGAUGACAUUAGUUACCCCAAGAUCAAGAGUGUCAUACAUCUGGCGUCAGAUGAGAUGACUAAAUCAAAGGAGGUUGUCCCAGACUGGCAGCAAGCAGCCAGUAAUAUACUGGUUGCUGUGGGAAACAAAUAUAUUAAUGACAUCAUGGAGGAGAUACUCGGGAAGUUCCAGCCGGGAGUUUUGCCUCACUUCUUUGUGGUCCAGACACUGGCCAGUCUCUCGGAUUCAAAUGUAUAUGGAAUGGUACCUUUUCUAAAUGCUAUAAUGGGAACCAUGUUGCCCAUGCUGGGCAUGACCAAACAAGACAACAUGAAAUGGGUCUUCUCUUCCGCUCUCUGCCGCUUUAGUGAGAGCAUUCUAGAAUAUCUGGCCAACCUGGACAAGGCUCCAGACCCCACUGUGCGCAAAGACACCUUCUCCAGUGAGAUUUACUCAGCCUACGACAUCCUGUUCAACAGCUGGAUCCAGAGCAGAGAGUCCAAGCUGCGUCUGACUGUUGCAGAGGCUCUUGGGUCAAUGAGUCACCUGAUGGCACAUGAUAAACUGGAAGAACAACUUCCCAAACUCCUUCCCACCAUACUGAGCCUCUACAAGAAGAAUGCAGAACACUACAUCAUCAGCAAGAGCUUGUGUCAGGUCCUGGAGGCCUCUGUGAAUAUGGGCAGUAGAGUUUUGGAGACACAGAUUGAUGGUCUGUUAGUUGCUCUGCACCAGCAGAUAUGCUCACCUGUAGACUUCAACAACCCUCCAACUGUGAAAAAUCACAACGAGGUCCUGCGAUGCUUCAGUAUCCUUGCUAACACGUUCCCGGACCGUCUGAUGGUGUUUGUCCUCCAGAGGUUGGAAAACAGUAACGAGAGGAACAGAAUGGGCUCACUGGCUGUUCUCAGACACCUCAUCAACUCAUCCCCCUCCACUAUGGAAACCAAGAAGCUUCUAAUUCUAGCCAGCAUCAGACAACCUCUGGCUGAUCACAGUAAUAAGGUGAAGAAGAGAGUGGUGCAGGUGAUCAGUGCGAUGGCUCAUCAUGGUUACCUGGAGCUGGAGGGAGGAGACCUGCUCGUCCGCUUCAUCAUCCAGCACUGUGCUCUACCAGACACUUACCAUCGAGGACAGCGACCACCAGACCCAGAGGAAGUGACUAAUGAGGCUCUGCGUAGCAUGUGUGAUAACACACUACAUCUUUUCACUACUACAGUGGGCCGCCUGACUGACGUUCUAUGGCCGAUGUUGCUUUGCUACCUGACCCCAAAUCAGUAUGCCAACGCCACCACCCCCUUGUGCAAGAGUUUAAUUCUUCUGGCCAAUAAGAAGCGAACGGCACAAGAACCCAACUUCAUCAUCGACUUCAAUGCACAAGGUUCUAGUCUUCCCUCACAAUAUAUCCUGAUGAUAAGGCUUUUGGUGAAUGCCUCCUUCCCGUUUCGAUGCAGGGGACAUGGUGCUCCCUCCCUGAGUCUGCUUAGUGCUAUCAGCCCUAACAUUCACCCUAAAGCAGAGCCACUGUGGGAAAAUGAGAUUCCAAAGCUGCUCAGUUAUCUUGAAGAAUCAACAGAAGAAUCUCUGGACAAAAAGAAAUGGGAAGAAAGUUUACUUAAGCUCCUGUCUAAAACUGUGGCAGCCAUUGACGACAGCCAGUGGACCGGUCAGCUUGCAGUAGAAGUCACACGAUACCUGCCCACCUACAACAACUCACUGGAGGAGAAGAGUUUUUUGUACAGGUGUGUCGGUGUGAUUCUCCAGCAGUGCUAUAAUAAAGAGUUGGUCAGGAAACAGCUGCAGGAAAUCCUGAUCAGCACUCGUCACAAUGAUGCAAUCGAAAGAACGGGUGUUGCCAUGGGAAUCGGGCUGUGUGCCAGCAGCCAUCUCGAUGGCACUCUGGAAAAACUGGAGGAAUUUGGGAAGUCUGACGCCUUCAGGAAAGCCUCAGGGAUAUUUGGUCUUCUCAAAGAUAAAAACGAUGUUGAUGUGGAGAAAAUGAAAAGCACUCUAAUUUUGUGUUACGGCUAUGUUGCGUUGCACGCUCCAGAAGAUCAGCUCCUCACUCGCAUCGAUAGUGACAUUCUCCAAAACAUCUCCAAGAACUUCAACACUAAGGUUCUGGGAAUUAAAGUAGAGACCAAGGACCUGACUAUGAAGCUCAGUCUCAUUCAUAGUGUUGGACUCAUUGCCAAGGCCAUCAGCAACAGUGUCCGUAAACAGGGCUUCCUGUUCUCCCGCAAACAAGAGCUGAUGGGGGUUAUGAUGGAUUUCAUCAAAGCUGAACCAGCAGAUGUCAUGCGGACCCCUGUUCGCCAUCUUGUUAUGACCACAUGUGCCAACCUCAUAAACUUAGAUCCUCCUUUAUCAGAAAAUGAAAACUUUGAUUUGUUAAAAACAUGUUUGAAUGGUGUUUAUGGGCUUCCUACUGUGGACACUCUGGACAAAGCUAAAGAUGAAGAAGCCCUGGAUCCACAGCAAAGAGAGGCAUUAUAUUCAGAUACUUUUAACGCUCUUCUUGAAUUGCUGAAGAAUGUGUUAGCCAGAGAUUUGAGUCCUGACGGUCUGCAGUCUGUUUUCAAGCAUAUAGAGAGCUGGCUGAGCUCAGGACAAGACCAUGAGCGGGAGAGGGCAGUAAAGACCAUGGCAGAAUUACUACAGUUUUACCUGGACCAUCUCAAUGUGAAGAAUAUAGUGUCAUUCCAUAAUUUGGGAGCUCUUGUGGGGCGUCUGGCCCCACGGUGCACAGACCCAAACCCUGAGGUGCGGCGGGCAGCCAUAGACUGCAUCUAUAGUCUAAUGUACAUUCAGCUGCGCUAUGAAGGCUUUUCAUUGGACUACAAGGACGACUCAGUUGAGGGUCUUUUAGAAGUUCGUGAGAAGCUAAGCAAUCCUGACCAUUCAGUCUUGUACAACACCUGCUCUGAGCUGACUAAGAUCAUCAGUAAGCGUUUGCCCCAGCAGCAGUUGAGCACCCUGUUGUUUAUUCUGUUUGAUGGUUUGGUGGACUCUCAGUCCAACUGUUCCAGAGCAUCCAGUGUGAUCCUCAACACCUUGCUGAAGAACAGAGGUGCUGGCCUGCAGGAUCUGGUGCCAGAGAUGUUGGAGGUGUUGCACAACCGGCUGCAGGUGAUUGGUGAAGAGCAAGUGAAGGUGGCCAUUGGUCAGUCCAUCCUCAUCCUCUCUACACAGCACCUGCAGACAGUGGUCAACACACUCGUCGCCUACCCACUGCCAUACGACAGCUGGAGCUGUGAGAUGUGGAUGGCUUUAGGAGCAGACAGCACUCUGGCCCUGCAAAUCAUGGAGAUGAUUAUCGAGAAGCUGAGUGUUAUGGUUCCCUAUGUAGAUAAGAAGGAAUCCAUGUUGAGACCCGGUUUGACCAAAGUUGCCACAAGCCACCCAUUGGCUAUGACAUGUGCCCUACGUGAGAUGAUGCUGAAUGGUCAGUCAGCUGACGCCGUGGCGUAUCUGUUUCCAAAGCUCUUCAGCGCUCUGCUGUUGCGUUUGGGUUCUAGCGUGGGAGUUCAGCUACCGAAAGAUCUCAACAGCAACAGCAUCAUUUUAGACCGCAAAACAACCAACAAAAACAGUGUGGCCAAUUUUGAUGUGUGCGGGGUGGCAGUGGAGGCCUUGCGGAUCCUGCUGGGUCGAGCUCAGCUGGACGCUGUCGUGAAACCAUUAGAUCAGGAGGGAGCUUGGGACAAGAUGAAGGACCCGCAGCAGCACACAACAGGAGUCACUCUGCUCUCCAGAGCAAUGGCAAAGCAUGCUGGUCCAAGACUACCUGCCAUUGUGGAGAGUCUGUGUCCUUCUCUCUGUAAUAUUUACGAGUGCCAGAGGAUCACUGUCACAGCGUUCUUCUCUGAGCUGCUGAACCACCAUGUAGUUACUGAAUUGAUGAUUUUGGACAUGUUGAUGAACAACAUGAUGGAAAGAAUUACUGACACCUGCGGUACUGUCCGCAUGCUGGCGGUCCGAGGCCUGGGGAACAUUGCUGUGGGCUCACCUGAGAAGGUGAAUAAGUACGCAAAGGAGCUUUUAGCAGCCAUGAGUUCAGGUAUGGAAGAGAAGGAUGAUCCAGGGAAACUCAUCACACUGGAGGCCAUGUCAGGAAUGUCAAAGAUAUUGCUUUACCUGGACCAAAAGAACGUCCACCUGCUUGUCGUUUACAUCUUCAUGAAGAUAAAACCCUUUCUGGAGAAUGAGAAUGAUGAGAUCCGAUGUGCUUCCAUCGUGCUCCUGGGAAACCUGUCAAAGUUCGGCUCAGGUGAGCCGGUCUUUAAAGACCAGAUCCACAAUGUUCUGGUCAGCUUGCUGUUGCACCUCAGUGAUCCCAACCCUCAAGUGGUCAAGGCAUGCAAGUAUGCAAUGCGCAUAUGCGCUCCAGUCGUAGGUUCAGAACAGAUCUCUGCCAUGUUCCAGAAUCAUCUUCUUGAGGAGAAGGGUCUGCACUAUGGAGAGUUCAUUAAUGACCUCACCAAAUACCUUAUCCAGGAUUUCCCAGGCAUGCUGAACUUCUACCACAUCACAGUCAUUCAGUUCUUCAAGAGUAACUGGGCUGAGAUCAGAGCCAGUGCUGCCAUGUUCAUUGGUUUUUUGCUUGGGAACCUUCCUGAUGAGCAUUUCUCCCAUAUGAAUAUGGGCUCAGUGACCAAGGGUCUGGUGAUGCUACUGCAGGAUCCAGAUCCUCUCGUGCGGGUGAAAGCCGCUGAAGCCAUGGGCCACUUUCACUGACGUUACGUCCACUCUACAGCCAAUCAGAUUGGUCUUUGAUUUUACGUUUGUUGCUUUGAAUAAGGAGGAAGCCUUGAAUUGUUGUUCUAUAAUAAGCCUUGAAAGGUUUUUAUUUUUGACCAAAGACUGUGCACUAGUUCUGUAAGAGAAGAGAAGAAUAAAAAGAAGACAUGUAUUGACGUUACAGCACUUUUACUGUAAGUACUCUCAGAUUUACGGUGUGUGUGAUCCCUAGAGUGUUUUUUUGAAGUUUGUAUGCGAGUAGGCUUACACAAAUAUUGCUGGUAUUACUUGCUUGACCAUUCCUGUAGCGUGCUAAAUGCAUAUCAACUCUUCAUUAAAGGGGUCAUGAAUUGAGAAAUCUUAUUUUCCUUGAUCCUUUUGAAAUGUAAGAGGUCAUCGUACUAAAAACGUUUCAGAACUUGACUUCCUUGUUAGUCUAAAAACAGCUUUUAUUGAAACCAAGUUCUGAAAACAACUUGUUUCGGAUUUUGUCACAUUUAUGACGUAAUUGUGCGAUGAAAGACCGCCUCUGCAGAAAGUGGUUAUUUAUUUUCAACUUUGUGAAUGUCUCAGUAGAGCAUUAUUUGUUUGAUCGGUACAUUUCACUGUGGAUAUUUUGGUAAACAGACUUUUACUGUAAGAUGUGAACCCAAUUUCUGAUAUGUAAUGAUUCAUGUACAGACAGACAUUCUUCGUCUGUUUGUUUAUGCGUCAGUAAAUCGAUUCACAUUGUUUGUCUAGCCUGAAAAUAAUGUUAUUUAAAUUGAUUCAAUUAUAUACAGAAAGCGAUCAAAGAACGCUCCCUUUAUAAUCACUGGAGCUGUCAAUCACAACAGCUUGUGUUUAUCAGUGACUGAGUUCUGGAUUCUCUCCAAAACUUCCGUUAUAAUCAAUGAAACUGUCUACACCGCACAAUGACUUUAACACAGUGUUUGCACUGUUAGUUAUGAUGAAAGCAUUUGUGAGAGUGCAGAAAUCGAGUUGCAAUGUCGAGAUCACUGCAUUCAUGCGCUCGACAGUCAGUUUGUCAUCGGCUACAAUGCUCAUUGCUGCAAACUUUCACACGACGAGAGUAGAUCUAAAUAUAAUGCUGUGAUCAACAAUUUUCACAAUUAGUUAAUUUGCACAGCUGUAAUAGUAAAGACUUUUAAUCAUUUUCGAGAGAGUUACACAUGUAAUACUUAUUUCAUAUGCAAAGAUGUUAGCCAAUCAUAGCAGUGGGCGUUUACAUUUAAGUCUCACAGGAGACAUGCCCUUCCAACAGAGCGUUCAGAGUAGAAAAUGGUAAAAUCAGGGUAGAAAAUGGCCUUUUAUUUCUAAAACUGACAAUGUUUGAGGUAAAAAUCAUACUAACAUUACAAGUGCACCUCAUGAAACAUUAUAAAAUAAAAAAUGCAGUUCAUGACCCCUUUAAAUCAUCAUUAUAAAUGUAUGUAGGAUGAAUCAAUAUAUUGGAAACCAAAAUCAACACUGCAAGGUUUUCCUGGUAAUUAAAUCUGAUGUACUGCUCCGUUAGAGUUUAAUCCUAUAAAAAUGUUUUAAGGAGACUGUUGAGUCAUAUUGACCACCAUAAACCUUCAGCAAUAAAUCACCCUAAUAGGGACAUGCAUUUGCAUAAUCUGCUUAGCCAUUAACUGCAACUGAAUUCUCCUGUUGUCCACAAUCAAAAAAAGAUAAGCAUUUAUAGAGUUUUUGCUGUAACAUCUGUGGUUGUGAUUGUAUCUCAUGCACUACAGUGGAACAAACACAAUUGAGCUUCCUUCUCAUCCAAGUCGGAAAAGUAGACAAUAACAGUGCCAAAAUAUAGAUUUGUAAAAGAUAAGUUGUAUUAGAGUAUAUGUUAUAUGAUUUCAUACUCAUUUUGCGAAGUGUCUGUGUAGCUGAAACAAUAGUGCCAGCCUUUCUGUGGCACUGGUUUUGUAAAGUAUAUCUUAGAAACAGUGGCCACUCUUGUGAAUUCAUAAUUUCAGAGUUUGAGCAUAAAGAGUAUUAAAUGAAUUAAACUGAA